AUGCACUACGACAUCGGGUCCGAACACGAGGAAGGUGAGGAGGAAGAGGAGAGGGAAGAUGACCCCAUCAUUGAUGUCACCGAUGCACCGGGGGAAGAAGAAGUAGACUAUGAGCAGGAUACUUACCACAACAAAGAUCUUCGAGACCUGAAAAUCCCUGCACUUCCUUCGACAGCCGCGGGAUAUCGAGCAUGGAGGAACGGCGUUUUGACAUCGUUCAGCAGCAUAGACAAGAGUGGGAACGCCAGGAUACUGAGAUGGCUCCAGGUCGCCCUUGAUCCAGCCAUAGGAGACCGACAGAUGCGCAAUCUGCAGGUCACGUCUGACGGCCUUCCCCGCCUUGAUGCAUUCCUGGCUGCACAGCUUACAGAUCCAAAACACCUCAAGGGAGACUACGGAGUCGCUGCCCAGGCGUUCACCGAGCGAGCACAUGCGUUAGGCGUGCAGCCUUCCGGGCGUGCGCUGUUGGCAAUGCUCAGCCGAAGGUUUCGGGUAGACCGGAUCAGGGGGGCGACAGUCUCCCAGCAGACACUCUUAGCCAUCCAGCUCGAAGGCUUCAGCCAACAACAACUGCAAGCCUUUAGAGAAAAGGUUGAGUUUUGUUUGAACGGUUUCAGUCCCGAAGCAUGGCCCGCUGAGUCUACCUUGUUUAGCUGGUUAUACUCCAAGCUCAAGCACUGCAGGCUUCUUUCCAGAGCAGUCGACAAGAUCAAAGACUCCAAUCCAGGUAGCAACAAGCGAACCUUUGCGUGGUUGUGGUCGCAGCUUGUCGAAUUGCUAGAUGAGCUGAGAGAAGAAGCAAACGAAGAGUCAAUUCGUGACACUCUCAUCAAGCCCAAAGCCAAAGCUGCUCCCGCCCCAAAGAAAGAGGAGCGUUCCCGCGAUAAGCCGGACAAGCCCACUCCUGCCAAUCCAGCCCCUCCGGCCAAGACCAAAGGUUCUGGGAAGGAUGGGAAAGACAAGGAUGGCAAGGGAAAGGGGGGUAAAGGGAGUGGUAAGGGUGCAGAUUCACAGAAAACACCAAACAAGCCAAAGGCGAAAUCAGGCGGUAAAGGCCAGGGCUCCAAAGCUGAAGGCAAAGCCCCAAGCAAAGGAAAUGCCCCCAAAGCUACCGUACCAUGCCUGUUCUUCCCAAAGGGAACGUGUAACCGGGGUGAGAAUUGUCCGUUUUCGCAUGAGACCUCUCCCGGUAACAAGGCCCCAGGGUCAAAGACUACUGGAGCUAGCGCUACGGCAAAGAGCUCUGCCGCAGCUGUCGCCCUGCUGCUUCCCACUACGGCGCGGGGUGCCUCGGUCGAUGGUUCCUCCACACCGAGCAAGACAACCUUUUGGAAGCGUUCAGGAUUGAGUAGGUUCUUCCAGUUCGUUUCGGGGUGGUUUACUGUGUUCAGCAACAUCUGCGCUCCUGCCUGUCCCGCCACUGUCACUCCGUUGCUUGUAGCAUCUCAGCAUCAGCACCCGCAACAGGGAUGGUUCUACCACGAGUGGAUCGCUGAUAGUGGUGCAGGUAGAUCCCUAGAGAGUCGUGAAGCCCUCAAUGAACAAGGCAUUCCUGAAGACGCAUACGCACACAUGGCCGAACAGGCACCCACAGUAUCCUUUUCCACAGGGAAUGGUGUCGUUGAUUCAGGGCUCAUGCUUGGCUUCGAGGGUUCCAUUCUAGGAAACAAUUCUGCAUAUCUCCUGGACAACUGCCCUAGUGUAAAAUCACUUGGUGAGUUGGUAGAGACAAAGUCUAUGCCGUUUGUAUGGUUGCCAGGAAAGCUUCCGAUGUUCCUGUCGAGUGUCGAACACGUUCAGGUCAUUGAAGAAUCCGCCAUAUGUGCCGAUAGAGUUGAGGGAAAUGUUCCAAUCUUCAGGGAACAGGUCAGAUUCGUCUCGCCUUCCACUGUUGCGAUGCCUGGCUUCAUGAGCGAUGCUAGAAAGGCAAAGCCUCUUGCACGCACUACCAUAGAGCCUUCACGGCACACCACGUAUCGACCCUCGCCGCAUAUCACGGAGGAGUCUACCUUGCUUGAGUUGUUGCAGGAUCCAGGGGUGCCGUCAAAGACCGCCUCCGGGUCUAGAGAUCCUCCACCUGACUCUGAUGACGAGCUGAAGUCUAGGGCAAAGUCCUCUUCAGCAAGAAAGCCAAAGGCUAAACCAAGUCCAAAGGACAAGGUCAAAGGUGCAAAAGCUCCUAAACCUGCUGAAGCAGCGAAGGCUCCGGAACCUCCUGCUCCAGUAGAACCCGAGGUCCCGCCACCUCCACUUCCUCCACCUGCCAUUCCGCCAGGUUCUGGGUCGGACUCAGGAGAGGACGUAACAUCAGAACGUCAGAAGCAACUCAUCAAGGAGGCCUCUUCAAUGGCACACAAGUUGACGCAUAUCCCUAAGAAUCCCUACUGUGAGAUAUGUCAGCGAAGCCGCAUGUAUCGACAAAGAGUCACCAAGAAGCGUGCAGAGCCUCUCGAAGACAGAGGUGACUUGCCUCCUGUUGAACAGUUUGGCGAGAGGAUUGCAACAGACUAUAUAAUCCCUUCGAAGCGUGAGCAUGCAGUCCAUGUCAUCAGGGAUGAAUAUAGUGGUGCACUGCGAGCUUUUGUCUGUGCGCGCACAGCUGAGAGAGCAGCUCAGAACCUCCUUACCUUUGUAGGCGCCCGAUACAAGCACCUCCCGAACGUGUUGUGUAAGGCUGAUGAUGCAAAGGAGUUAAUAGCUGCCGUCUCACAAAUAGGAUGGGUGCAUGAAGCGACCCUAGAAAACAGAUUUCCACACAACGCCCAACUUGAGAGAGAGAUAAGAACUCUCGAGGAAUCGACUCGCGCGGUGCAUUUGGCUGCUGGGUUCCAUGUGGUUCCAGAUCUGUGGCAUGUGUCCGUGCAGUUUGCCGCGCAGACUUUGACAGUUGUACCGUGGCAGGGCAAAGACAAGUCGCGUUUCGAGGUUGCAACUGGUUCCCCAUUCGAAGGCCCAAGGCUUCCCUUGGGACAGUUGGUGCAUUACAGGAUCCAUGACCCCAGCCGCAGGCAUAAGUUCGAAGCUACAACUGCUCCCGGACUAUUUGCAGGUUGGAGGUUUGAGCACGGAUUUGUGUAUCGUGACGUGAUCUGGGUGCUAGACUAUGAAGCCGUCAAGUCCAAGUCGAUUGGGUAUAGGGACAUGAUCCCCGUGCCAUAUGCGGAAGUGCGUGUCCCAGAGACUGAGACCUUCCCGCUAAAGGCCGCGGCGGAUCUUGCUCUUCGCGAGUUCCAGGAUCCCAAACUUGAGGCUAUCACAGCGCUGGACAUACCAUUCAGCUCACUGUCCCCUGCUGAUCCUCCUCGAAGGCGCGCAGAGUACAUUACGCUUGAACGCAUUCUUAAGUUCGGUGCCACACCAGGAUGCAAAGCGUGCACUUUCGAUUCCGUGAAGCAUAGUCCUAAAUGCCGAGCAAGAUUCGAUGCCCUGAUAAAGGCUGAUAGGAUUGCGUUGACGUCCAAGCCCCCUGAGCCAGUUCCUCCAGCUGAGCUCCCCGAAGGCGUUGGUCUCCACCCUUCGAGUGAGCCCGCUGUAGAAGGUCUUGUUGCGAAGGUCGAGCUCGGUGUGACGCAAGUCUUUGUCGAUGCCAACAGGGAAAGAGUCCGCCAAAGAAAGGUGCAAACGCUCAUAGGCAAGGAUGUGUUGUUCGAAUAUGCGUGUGGCGACAGUUCAGAGCUUUCGCAAGCUGCGUCCGAAAUUGGCAUCAACAGUAUCCGCUUAUGCCGAAGCAUGAUUGAUUUGUCCAACGAAGAACAUGUCAAACAAGUUCAAGGUCAGGUCGAAGCAUCGCCAGGUUGUGAUGUGUGGCUCUCAUUGCCGUGCACCGAGUUCAGUCCGUGGCAGAACAUGAACGUCCAUAGGCAUGGGGCGAAGUACGGAAAGGGUCUUCGGAAUCGCCAAGAGAAGAGCAAGCUUAUGUUCUUGUAUGCCCGCAAGGUACUCGCAACUGCCAUCGCAAAUCAUGGAAGGAUCGCAGUCGAGUGGCCCAAAGGGUCCGGCUGGUGGGAUCUCCCUGAAUGGAAAGAAUUUCAGGAUGAACAUGGUCUACACAAAGUGUCUUUUGAUGGCUGCAUGGCUGGAGUGAAGGGCCGAGAGCAUCCAAUCCGCAAGCCCUGGAGCGUAGCCACUAAUGAUCUGCGACUUGUUCAAUUUCUUGGACAACUGCAAUGUGACGGUAGCCACCAGCACGAGGCCGCCGAAGGCUCACAAACAAAGCAGACUGAAGCAUACCCACGAGAGCUCGCUCACAACAUCGUCGAAGCGUGGUAUCCGCAACGCUACCAUCGCCACAUCCCCUCCAUGGUCACGAAGAACUUAACAAAGCGGGAAUGGAAAGCAGACCCGCGCGGAGUUGCAGCCGUGAAGAAGGAGGCAGAAGGGUUACGUUCUAACGGAACGUGGGAUGAUUUGACAGUCUGUCUUUUGUCUUCCUUGCGUGCCGAUGCAAAACGGCAAAACCGUAAACUCAAAAUUGCAGAGCUUCUCACAUUAUGUGGGAUAAAACAUUUCGAACUCCCUGAGCAUGAACACAAGUUCAAAGGGAGAAUCGUGUACAGGGGGGACUGCAUUUUUGACCAGUUCGGAAACCAUGUUCUUUUUGAAGACGUGGCUACCACACCAACUUCCUUGGUUGCCCUUAACAUCGCAUUGUUUUUCGGCUGCCAAGAUGGAAACGCAGUGAGCCUUGCAGAUGCCAUUCAGGCAUUUCUUCAAGCUGACCUCGCUGAGGCAGGAGAGCCCGACACAUGGGUUAUCCUCCCCGAGGAGCUGUGGUUGGACACAUGGCACAAAGCGUACCCAUCAGGGUCGAAGUUGGUGGUAAGGUUGAAGCGAAGCUUAUAUGGCCAUCCGCUUGCUGGCAAACUAUGGCAGAAACACCUAGCCUCUGUUCUCACUUCCUUUGGUGGCAUUGAGAUGGAUUUGUUUCCUUCAAACUUCAUCUUUCAAAUGGGUUCCCAUACCCUGCUACUUAACGUGUAUGUAGAUGACCUAACGUUGUCGGGAGCAAAGCAUCUUCAUGCACAGUUUUGGAAAAGGCUGAGAGCGCAUAUCAAGCUGGAAGACGAAUGUUACAUCGAAGCCUCGAAUGCACGGAUCCUUGGCAGAGGUCACCGAAUCCAACGAGGCAGUGACUUCACAACUCUUGUGCUUGAUAUGUCUGCUUUCGCAGAGCAGGUCGUCGAGGCGUACUGCGAGCUUGCUGAUGUCCCAAAGGCAAAGCUCCGUAACGUCACAACCCCAAGUUUGUCCGAGGCGUUAAUGUCAGAUGAGGACCUGCAGCAACCCGGCACACUGAGCCAUGUAGCUGCAAAGGUACUUAUGAAAGCACUUUGGCUGGGUCGGUUGGCUCGCCCUGAUCUGUGUUUCAUAAUCGGUCGGUUAGCGUCACGAGUGGCCGCGUGGACUAAAUGGGAAGACAAGCAGUUACUUCGCCUGAUUUCGUAUCUUCACGGUACAACAGGCUUAUGUUUAGCUGCUACUGUGAACCAUCACGAAGCUCCCCAGAUCCACAUCUUCACUGACAGUGAUUUCGCCUCUUGUCCGCAUAGUGCAAAAUCGACGAGCGGGAUCUACAUGACUAUAGGGUCAACAGAUUUCCGCUUUCCACUGUGGUGGGCAUCUAAGAAACAGACGAGUGUUGCAAGAAGCACUCCCGAGGCUGAGGCCAUAGCAAUGGCUUCCGCCAUGUUUGGUGAGGCCUUGAACAUUCAGGUCAUGAUGGAGCAUCUCCUCGGUCGUGCUAUCGACGUCGUAUUCCAUCAAGACAACGAGACCUUGCUCAAAGUCCUGGCUACAGGCUAUUCGGCGAAGCUGAGACACUGCAAUCGAGUCCACAGGGUCAACAUUGCAUCAAUGUCUGAACAGCUAGAGUCGCCACAAGUCACUGCCGUGUACUGCAAGAGCGAAUCUCAGAUAGCUAAUGGCCUAACAAAAGUCAUUCCACCUGCAGAAUGGCCACAUACUCUCGCACAGUUUGGCUUGACAGCAUCCAGCGAUGGACCCCACCUGGAAAUUGCCGUCGCCGCACUUGCAGAGGCAAAUCUUGCCGCAGAAGUCUUCGCAGGCAGUUGCCCAAAGGCCUCAAAAGAGAGCCACGCCAGUGACGUGCUGACCUCCGUUCGCCGCCGCUUUGAUGAGGACAGGGUGCUGGAACGAGCCGAGGCGCUGCAGCAGCUCUGCUCCCAGGGCUGGCCAGGAGGGCGAGGGGCGGUGGAGGGGGAGGCUGGGUCCCCUAUGGUCAGCCCCAACUGCUUGCUCUUCAGGAAUGCCGCGAAUGCCUACAGAGUACUUCCCUUUUAUUCUGAUACCUCAGAUACCUGGGAAGCAGAACUGGCUCGACGCUCCGGCCUUCCGAACAUGUCCCUGACAGUCAUGGUUCGGCACUCCCCUUCGCAGCCACUGAGGGAGCUGCCGGGCAACCGGCAGUGCAUUGAUUGCGGGAUGGACUGCAUCCACUGCGCGGGAGUGCACCGGUCCUUCGGCGUGCAUGUGUCCUACGUGCGGUCGUUGAACUUGGAUGCGCUGAAAGAGUCGGAGUGGCGGCUCCUCCUCCAAGGGGGAAACGAGGCUUUCUCCACGUUUCUGCACGAGACGCAGGGCGUCCCACGUCACGUGUGGCUCGCGACUCCCAUGGAGACGCGCUACCACACCCCGGCUGCAGAUUUGUACAGACGGAGGCUUCAGGCACUGGCGGAAGGUGGCCUGGCGCGGAGGAAGUGCCAGUUGUGCAAAGCGGAUUUCUGGCUGCUGCUGCGCAAACACCACUGCCGCAAAUGUGGCAACGCCUGCUCCCCAGCCGAGUGCCGCCGACCGCUCCCCGAGCUGGGAAUCUUCGAGCCGUACCCCUGGACCUCCAAGUAG